AUGGCCCUGCCGCGUAGGGGGACAGACAGCUUUCAUGGCUGUGUCCAUGAAAACUCCUACGUGUUUCUUCUGGAGCAGCCAGAGCUAAUUCAGACCCCGCCAGCGGUUUAUAUAGGGUGCCCCGCGCUCGCCCGGCGCAUGGARCCGCAGCCUCCCUCUCCCGCUCUCUCCAUCAAGGUGAUGCCGCCGGAGCCGCUGCCCAAGGGGAGCGCCCGCUGUCUCGACCCGCACUCCCGCGCCAUGUCGCAGCCCGACGGGGAGCCGCUGCCUGGCGCCCUGGAGAAGGAGGACGCCCGCUCAGCGCCCAGCACCCCUUCCACGCCGUCCGUCUGCUCCCCGCCAUCCUCCUCCUCCUCCACUCCGUCGGCCGGCAAAAACGUCUGCUCCAGCUGCGGGCUGGAGAUCCUCGACCGGUACCUGCUGAAGGUGAACAACCUCAUCUGGCACGUCCGGUGCCUGGAGUGCUCCGUGUGCCGCACCUCGCUGCGCCAGCAGCACAGCUGCUACAUCAAGAACAAGGAGAUCUUCUGCAAGAUGGACUACUUCAGCCGCUUCGGUACCAAGUGUGCCCGCUGUGGCAGGCAGAUCUACGCCAGCGACUGGGUGCGGCGAGCGCGGGGCAACGCCUACCACCUGGCCUGCUUCGCCUGCUUCUCCUGCAAGAGACAGCUCUCCACCGGCGAGGAGUUCGGCCUGGUGGAGGAGAAGGUGCUGUGCCGGAUCCACUACGACACCAUGAUCGAGAACCUCAAGCGAGCGGCGGAGAACGGCAAUGGGAUCACUCUGGAAGGGGCAGUGCCCUCRGAGCAGGACAGCCAGCCCAAACCAGCCAAGAGAGCCCGCACCUCCUUCACCGCCGAGCAGCUGCAGGUCAUGCAGGCACAGUUCGCUCAGGACAACAACCCCGACGCACAAACGCUCCAGAAGCUGGCGGACAUGACGGGGCUGAGCCGCAGAGUCAUUCAGGUUUGGUUUCAAAACUGCAGAGCCCGCCAUAAAAAACACACCCCGCAGCACACGGUGCCGCCGUCGGGAGCGCCCCCGUCCCGCAUCCCCUCCUCGCUGCCCGAUGACAUCCACUACUCGCCCUUCAGCAGCCCGGAGCGGGCUCGSAUGGUGACACUGCACGGAUACAUCGAAAGUCAGGUACAGUGUGGACAAGUGCACUGUAGACUUCCCUACACUGCUCCACCAGUGCACCUCAAAGCAGACAUGGAAGGACCACUGUCUAAUAGGGGUGAGAAGGUCAUCCUCUUCCAGUACUGACUGCUCGGACCUUUCCUCACGUGCCCAUGGCCCUGGCAGCAGCAGUGCCCCGCUGCCGCAGUGCCCAGCCCACGGCAAUGCCACCAGUCCCACAGGAGGAGCUCAGACCCAGCACUCUCAGCUCUCCCUUUUGACCAGCGCCUGCCGCCCGCUCCGAUUUGUCCAGCGACGCUCCGUGUAUGUGUGUGUUGAGUGCACAGUUACAUUUUACACGUGUUUCUUGUGGACUUGUAGAAUGACCGUGAGUCUCUCCGAGGCAGUGCCAGACACAGGCACGACUGGUGACUCUGCUGUGCUCGCAAGUCUUGCUCCCAAAUCCCAUGGGAUAUGAACAGCCCAGAACAUGCUGAAGCUCUGGAGGGGUSGAUGAUCGCCUCUGAACAUAAAGGAAGGAGGAAUUUACGUGGUUUGGCCUGAUUCUCUUUUUGCACCAGUGAAGCGGUUCCUGGACAUCCCUCCUCCUUUUCCACUCGCAUGUGUGAAAGCUGAAAUUGGCUUUUGGCUCAGCAACUCGAUACAUAGACAGACCUUCCCGAGCCAAACUCACAGGUAGCUGAGACUCCACUGAGUGGAAAACAUGAUGCCAGCUGGAAAUAGGCAGUUUUUCUUCCUCCUCAAAGUGCUUUAGAAUCACAUGACCUUUGAUCACUCAAAGGUAAGUAAAUCUUGGUGUUUUUCCCCCCGUUUAUAGGAGGGGAAACAGAGAUGUCCUAAAGUGAGAGGAACCAUGAGGGUUGGUGGCAGAGCCAGGUUUAGCACACUGAAGUUUUUGAUUGCUGACUUGUUCUUAGAACACUGAAUAUCUCUCUCCUCUCACAGCCAUCUGCCAAAU